CUAGUCUACAGUCUGUUAAAAUAGAAGUAGGACUAUUUUUAAUGGGAGUUAUUUUCCCAAUUUUGACAAUUUUUUACAGAUGGCUUUUUAUGGUAUUGUGCAGUAUUUAUCGAAUAUAUAUUUUUUAUAAUUCACACUAUUUCUGAACGAACAACUGUUGCAACAGUUGCGAAGAACCAUUAAAGAUUGAGUGAAUAAUUUGCUGUCCGUGUUUUACCUACAUGCACUGUAUGAUUUCAUCGGCGCGUCGCAUGUUUUAUCGUAUUUGUCUUGCUUGUUUUUGCUAGACGACUUCAUGAAAUGAUUCCACGAAAUGAGCUGUAUUCAUAACAUCACACAAGAGUGGUCGAUCACACCUAUUUGGUUUAUUUUCUUUCUGAGUUUUGUGCACCUCAAACGUUAACAGCAUAAUGGAAAACGCUACCUCGCGUGUGACGAAAGACCAAAUCGAGCAUUUGGUACAAAUAAUGGAGAAAAACCCGAACGUUGCCAAAGGAGUUUGUACGAACCCUGCUUUAUUUUGGCAGGAAGUAAGCGUGGAGCUAAAUUGCUUAGGCCCAGCAAAAGACAAAAAUUCAUGGAAAAAGACAUGGACUGACAAAAAAUCAAACGUUAAGAAAAAGUACAGCCUUAUGCGACGGGAACAAUUGAAAACCGGCGGUGGUAUUCCUGAGGCUAUUUUUUUGAGUGAGAUUGAGGAGCGAAUUUUAAAUGUUACAAACACGAGAGCCAAUGUUGACGGUGUGAAAGAUAGCGUUUGUAUCGGAGCACCAGAACACCUUAACAAACAACCAGCGCAACUUCAACCAGAUCCUGUGGCGUCUUGUUCUUCGGUUGAACAAGAUCCUGUACCGUCUUGUUCUUCGGUUGUACAAGAAUUUGUACCAUCUUGUUCUUCGCUUGUAGAACCUGUACCGUGCCCAGAAACAAUCAAAACAAAUAGUGCGAAACCGUCCCAAAAUACUGCAAAACCGUCCCAAAAUAGUGCGAAACCGUCCCAUAAUAUUACGAAAUUGACCGAGUUGGAAAAGAACCAAACAAAAUUAAUUCAGCAAAAUGAAAUGAUUGCUGAUUCGCUAGCGGAGUUGGUAACGGCUUUUAAAAUUUACGCUGAGAGUACCAUGAAUUUCCAUAAAGAAUUUUUAGAACAUCUGAAAAAGAAGGAAAAUUAGGAGUAAUCUGAACGGUUUUUGUUCUGUUGAAUCGUAUGUGCUGGAAAUGCGAAGUUAGAAGUUAUUGUUAAAUUGGAUUGUUAUAUUGGAAUAAAAACGUGAAAUCAUCGUUAUAUCAACAGUUCAUAUUUUUAUUUUAUUAUAUGUAUUAUACUUGUUACUAAAUUUAGUACUCAACGGAUUAUGUGGUGCUGGGAUUGAAAAGGCUGAAAUUAAUUCAAGAUGAAGAUGAAAAAAAAUACAGCACACAAGAAGUGAACGUUGGAUUCCAUUUUUAAUGAUCACUUCAUGAUUCAUGAUUCAAAUGAUUCAAAUUAAACAAUUAAACAGUCCACAAAAUGUGCUUGUUACAAAUUUUUGGAUUC